CUCGCCUCAAAUCCGGUCAGCACUGUCCCAACCAUGCCUCGUCCGCUGGUUCCGUUACGAAAAAGUGACAAAAUCCCCAUGCCUAUUCGAACUCGCUAUUUGGAUCAGUUUAUCGAAGAGUGCUUGGUGAUCUAUCAGUCACCUAAUGAUGCGUACGAACGGGCAUUAACCGAUGAACAAGCUUGUCAUGACAAGGCUACCAGUCGUAUGGCCUAUCUGAAUGCGGUAAUUCAGCGAUUGAAAUCACUGAAGGCGGAGAAAGCGCAGGCAGAAAAAGAAGGAGUGAAGUUAUUGGGUAGUGGAACUACUAAUACUACUACUGGUUCUCGUGGCAGCAAGCCCGCGUCAGGUCAGUCCACCUCUGUGGGAUCGGAAGAUUCAUCAGAGAAGAAACUAGACGAAGUUAUUCGAGUUCUAUUUUUCCGGUCCUCUUAUCAUUCGAGUCAUCAUUUUUUAUGA